AUGUCUGUAUCAGCCGUUGCUCCAAGAAGAAAACGUCUUUCCGAGGGUUUAACCGUGACCCAAAAGGUUUUUGUCAGAUCUCGUAACGGUGGUGCAACUAAGAUCGUCAGAGAACAUUAUUUAAGAAGCGAUAUCCCAUGUCUUUCUAGAUCAUGUACUAAAUGUCAAGAUAUUGUUGUGCCAGAUGCUCAAAAUAACCUGCCCAAAUUUGUCCUUUCGGAAUCGCCACAAGUAUUGCCAAAGCCUAUUGGGAAGCACUAUGUAGUAUUGGAUACCAAUAUUGUCCUACAGGCAAUUGAUCUGUUGGAAAAUCCUGACUGUUUCUUCGAUGUGAUUGUUCCUCAGAUUGUCCUUGAUGAAGUAAGAAAUAGAUCAUACCCGGUAUACACAAGAUUAAGAACCCUUUGUAGAGACAGUGAUGAUAAGAAACGUUUUGUUGUGUUCCAUAAUGAAUUCAGUGAAAACACUUUUGUAGAAAGAAAGAAAGAUGAAACCAUUAACGAUAGAAAUGAUAGGGCAAUUAGAAAGACUUGCAAGUGGUAUGCAAACCAUCUAAAGGAAUAUGGAAUCAGCGUAAUUUUGGUAACCAAUGAUAGACUGAAUAGAAACGCAGCUACAAGCGAUGAUGAUAUUAUUACUAAGAGUUUAUUCCAAUAUGUUGAUUUAUUACCAAACUCAAAUGAAAUUAAGGAUUUGAUUCCUAAUUUGGAGGCAGCUAAUGAAGCCAAUACUAAAGAGGAAGACAAAGAGGACAUAUCUGAAUUCAACUUUUCUGAAUAUUAUCCAACUGCGAGAAUUAUGGGUGGUUUAAAGAAUGGUGUUUUAUAUCAAGGUAAUAUCCAAAUAUCAGAAUAUAAUUUCUUGGAAGGUUCGGUAUCAAUCCCAGGAUUUUCCAAACCAGUUCUAAUCGUGGGUGAGAAAAACUUAAACAGAGCUUUCAACGGUGAUCAAGUUGUGAUAGAAUUGUUACCUCAAACUGAAUGGAAGGCCCCAUCCACUAUCGCUUUAGAUUCUGAGCAUUUCAAUGUGAAUGAUAAUCCGGAUGCCCAGGAUGAGGAUGAACCUUCCAAUGCUACAUCUAUUAUAUCAGAUACUCAACGUCGUCUAUUGGCUAAGGAUGCUAUUCAGGCACAGAAGGCAAAGAAAGUGCAACCAACAGCAAGAGUCGUUGCCAUCCCAAGAAGAUCGUGGAGGCAAUAUGUUGGUCAAAUUGCUCCAAAUUCUGUUGAUUUACAAACUGGUGGUACACAAAAUGUCUUUGUCAUCCUUAUGGAUAAGUGUUUACCAAAAAUUAGAAUCCGUACAAGAAGAGCAAAAGAAUUAUUGGAUAAGAGAAUCGUCAUCUCAGUGGACUCAUGGCCUACAACUCACAAGUACCCAUUAGGUCAUUUUGUUAGAGAUUUGGGUGGUAUUGAAACUGCUCAAGCAGAAACGGAAGCUUUGUUACUGGAACAUGAUGUGGAAUAUAGACCUUUCUCCAAGAAGGUUCUAGAAUGUUUACCAGCAGAGGGGCACGAAUGGAAGGCUCCAGAAGUGUUAACUGAUCCUGUUGAAAUAGCGAAGGAUCCUUUAUUGGUAAGAAGAAAAGAUCUCAGAGAUAAAUUAAUCUGUAGUAUUGACCCUCCCGGAUGUGUCGAUAUUGAUGAUGCUUUGCAUGCCAAGAGAUUACCAAAUGGUAACUGGGAAGUUGGUGUUCAUAUUGCGGAUGUUACCCAUUUUGUGAAACCAGGUACUGCCUUAGAUGCAGAAGGUGCCUCUAGAGGUACUUCUGUUUAUCUUGUUGACAAACGUAUAGAUAUGUUGCCAAUGUUGCUGGGUACUGAUUUAUGUUCAUUGAAACCUUAUGUUGAUAGAUUCGCAUUUUCAGUCCUCUGGGAAUUAGAUGAAAAUGCUGAUAUCGUAAAUGUCGAUUUUACCAAAUCAGUAAUCAAAUCUAGGGAGGCAUUCUCUUACGAACAAGCUCAGCUAAGGAUUGACGAUGCUUCUCAAACGGAUGAUUUGACCCAAGGGAUGAGGGCAUUGUUACAGUUGUCCAUAAAAUUGAAACAAAAAAGAUUGGAUGCAGGUGCUUUAAAUUUGGCAUCCCCAGAGGUGAAAGUUCACAUGGAUAGUGAAACUUCUGAUCCUGGUGAAGUUGAAAUAAAGAAAUUGUUAGCCACGAAUUCUCUUGUUGAAGAAUUUAUGUUGUUAGCAAAUAUUUCUGUGGCUAGAAAAAUUUAUGAUGCCUUCCCACAAACUGCAAUGUUGAGAAGACAUGCAGCUCCUCCCUCCACCAAUUUUGAAUUGUUAAACGAAAUGUUACACCAAAGGAAAAACAUGUCUAUCUCGUUAGAAUCAUCCAAGGCAUUGGCUGAUUCUCUAGAUCGUUGUGAGGAUCCUAAAGAUCCAUAUUUCAACACAUUGGUGCGUAUCAUGUCUACUCGUUGUAUGAUGGCAGCACAAUAUUUCUACUCUGGUGCAUAUUCAUAUCCUGAUUUCAAGCAUUAUGGUCUUGCAGUGGAUAUAUAUACUCAUUUUACAUCACCCAUUAGACGUUUUUGUGAUGUUGUUGCUCAUAGACAAUUGGCUGGUGCCAUUGGUUAUGAACCUUUGGAUUUGAGCCAUAGGGAUAAGAAUAAGAUGGAUAUGAUUUGUAGGAAUAUAAACAGAAAGCAUAGAAACGCUCAAUUUGCCGGAAGAGCUAGUAUUGAAUAUUAUGUUGGACAAGUUAUGAGAAAUAAUGAAUCUACAGAAACUGGGUACGUGAUAAAAGUAUUCAACAAUGGUAUUGUUGUUUUGGUUCCUAAAUUUGGUGUAGAAGGCCUGAUAAGAUUAGAGAAUUUAACUAAUGAUAGCAAUGGUGCUCAUUUUGAUGAAGUGGAAUUCAAGUUAACUUUUACCCAGAAGGAUAGUGGGAAGGAAAGAGUCAUUUAUGUUUUUGAUAAAGUAGAAGUUCAAGUUAAGUCUGUCCUGGAUCCUGUGACAAGUAAGCGUAAGGCAGAAUUAUUAUUAAAGUGA